AUGGAUGGCGAGGGAAGUGUACUUAGUUCGGAGGUCGCCGCAAGUCUUCUCAGUUUGGAAGUAACAGAAAAUUUCACUACCGAUAGAGAAAACUCAGUUGCUCGGUCAGCGUCGCAAAUUAGAAGGGUGAAUCGAGUUUGCGUUGUGGGAGUUGCUAGAAAUAAUGCAGAAGUUACAGAUUUAUUGAAGAAUCACUUCGGUAUCGAGCUGCUAGAAAGUGAAGAUGGCUAUGAAUUUACAAAAGAUGCUGACAUCACGUUCUUGUGCAGUGAAUUCAUUGAUUGUCGUUGGUUUAAAUAUCUCAAUUCCUGUCAGAAAUUAAUUAUUGGCCCAGCAAUCAUCAGAAAACGUGCCAUAGACGGCAAACCCUUGUUGGUACCUCGUCCAAACCGUCCACUUUACACGGAUAGUAUGUCCGGUGUGCGAAUUGCUUUAUCGGGACUUUCUACCAAAAAUUGUCGAGAAGCUGUCGAUCUCGUACAUUUCAUGGGCGGUAGUGCCCAGCGAGUAUUUUCUGCUUCUACCACCCAUUUAAUCACUGAUGCUGCUAGAGGCAAAACAUAUAGGAUGGCGGUGUCAAUUGGAUGUCGCGUAAUGCAUUUAGAUUGGUUGCGAGCUGCAUGGGCUGCCAGGGAUUCUAUUCAAAUCCCUGUCACUACCAUUGAUUUUAUGAAUCAAUACAUGGUUGAACCAUUUUGCGGAUUAUCAUUAUGGUUCGUUGCUUACGACGAGAAGGAUCUAUCCGAAAUGAAGGAGAAAACCGUGGAAAAUAAGGGAAAAGUAGCUGUAAAUCAGAAGCAAGCAACUCACAUCGUAGUUUCUACAUCGUUGGAUGCUAAAGUUGAAGGAUGUGAUGCAAAGCAGCAUUUAGUUUCCGGAGAAUGGUUUUGGAUCUCUGUACAGUUGAACUGUUGUGCCAACGAAAAUAUCUAUAAGUGGAAGGGCCAACGGACCAAGCACAACUCCAUGCUCUCACCAAAUGCCACUGAAUUGACAAGUCGAGCUGCUAGGAAAUCUGUAUCCAAGUCAUCCAUGGAAGUUCUUGAUAGCAGCAAUUGUUCAGCACUUCCAGAUUACUCAGAGCAUUUGUUAUCAACGGAUGAUCCUGAGAUAUUGAAUGGUUCUCCGCGAAGACUCGACAAAAGAUACGCCGUGUGUAAAGAAAUGCUUGAGACUGAGGAAAAUUAUUUAAGAGCAUUGAAAAUUGUUGUACAGGUGUUCAAAGAACCCCUUGAAGUACAGUUACCGAAUCUGGAUAGUGGUCUGCUCACAAAAGCUGAAAUAAGUCAAAUAUUCGCUAAAGUACCCCCAUUAAUUGAUGUUCAUGAGAACAUUUGUCGCACACUUCAAAGCUAUAUUAUGCACUGGAUGAAUGAACGCUUGAUUGGGAAGGUCUGGUUGGACCAUGCUGCUGAAUUGACACCGGUAUAUAAAGCAUUCAUCAAUAAUUAUGAUACAGCCAUUCAAACAUUGAAUGAGUGCGAUCAGACUAAGCCAAAAUUCCAUGCUUUUUUGAAGGCUGCGGAAAGUCGUCUGGAGUGUCAACGGAACAGUUUACCCGACUUAUUGGUACGGCCGGUGCAACGUUUACACUCAGUAGUCUUACUUCUAAAGGCCAUUUUGGAAAAGACAGAUCGUAAAAAUCCGGAUCAUGCUUAUUUGAUUAAAGCGAAACGAGCCGUGGAAGCAGCUCUCACAGAAGCGAACGAAUCCCGCAGGCAGACUGAUUCUUAUGCAAUGAUUUUCAAGUUGUCUAGUGAAAUUGAACGAUGUCCCGCUGAUAUAUUAUCAAGCGCUCGGACAUUAAAAACCGAACUGCAUGUUUUGUCAUUGGGAGGUGAGGAUGAAUGGGCCAGAACUCGGAACAAACGAAUGGCCAUAUUUUUGUUUAAUGAUUUAAUAGAAAUUGUUAAGGUGCGAACAGGAAAUGAUGAUAGCAGCACUCCAACACGGCGUAGUUUUUCAAAUUAUUCCCUUACCCGACAGCUGUCUUUUUCUGUAUUACGGCACGGCAAGAAAAAAUACAAGCAUCAUCAGCAGUAUAUGCUUGCUUCAAUUCGCAGAAUACAAAGUCUUGAACAUGCUGACAUAUGUGGUGUGUUCGUCCUCUCAUUCCGAGUUAGCCAUGGUGAAGAUUUUUGGGUGGCACAAUGCUUAGAAAAUCAGGAAGGAGAGCUGGAAAAGUUUUUGCGUGCAGUUGCAGAUCAGGUAUAUAAAUUGGUGGGAAGGAAUACUCUGGUGGAGAAAGUGAACUUCGACGAAGAUCCCUCAUCAUUAGGUGUCAAGGAAAAUAUAGCGACUAUCAAGAAAGCAUUAAAUCAUGCGGUUCGAAAUCCACUUGGCGGAUAUCAGGCAUUAGGAACUCCUCGUGCACGACCACAAAAUCAGUUCAGGCGUGCGAUGUCUACCGUGCAUUUGGGUAUAUCGAAUACAUUGUCGCGAUUGCACUCUCGCAGUAAUCUUCGUCCAAUCGAUGAAAGUUUUGAAAGGACAUCACCAGACGGAAGAACACAUCCCGCGGCUUUCACGGUACCGUCUCGUGGUUUUCGACAAAUCCUUUCCACUUCUACAUUUCUACCUUCACUUGGACGUCGUGAUUCCAUAUUCUCACAUUCUAUUAGGGAGUAA